GAUUUCGCGAAGGUCCGGACUAUUCAAUUAUUCACGAAAAUGACGGACGAAAAAUUUAUAAUUUUCAUUCCGAUUGGUUAAGAAAAGAUUUUGGUAGUAAUUACACUACUGUUUAUGAAGUAGCCGAAAGUUGGGAUAGUCAAUCGCUAAUCGGUGAGCCAAGUCAAGUUCGAGAGGAUUUGAAAACUAAGCAUAAUCAAUUGGUAGGUGAAUUUAACCAUCUUUUAAUCCGACCAGAAAGCGAAUUUGGCAAAGAUGGAAAGCGAACGAAAGAAGCGAAAAUAGUCGAACUUAAAAAAGACAUUACCGAAGUUGCAAGCAAAAUCGACAAAAAACUAGCCGACGAAUUAAGCAAGGUGCAAGAAAAGAACCAAGAACUAAUUCAAAGUCCUGGUAAUAGUUCUCCGACCGAAAUUCAGAGCCAAUUGGAGCAAUCACAAAGUUUAUUAAAGCAAGCCCACAUGGAUUCAGCAAUUUCAGUAGAUAACACUAACGAUAAAAAAGGCAACGUACUUGCUCCUUAUCUAAUCGGUGGCACGGGUAAAACUACUUUGGCAAAAGAAAUUCAACAUCUUAGCGAUGAAAAAUUUUUAUUUGUCGGAAUUGAUACUCUCUUUGGUGCCAUACCUAAAAAAUUAGUCGGUUUUAGCGAAAAAACUGAAAAAGAAGGAUUUAGAUAUGUAGUUGACCCCAAAACUGGUGUCUGCAUUGAUAUGAAAGUUAGCCUUUAUGCUAUUCAAGUAUUUUCUUGCCUGCCAAAGGUAGUUAAAUUGCUAGCCGAUAACGGUCUAAAUGUGAUUUUUGACGAAUGCAAUUUUUAUAAGGAAUUGCUUGACAAUUACCGAAUUAUUUUUUCAGGUCAUAAAUUUUUCAUGGUUAGUGUAAAAUGUGAUUUAGAAACUUUGGAGAAAAGGGAAAAAUUAAGAGGUGAUAGAGUUAUAGGAAUGGCGAAAGUUUUUUAUCAAAGUGAGAAAAAUUUUCAGUAUCCUUAUGACUUAGUUGUUGAUAAUACCACGAAAUUACCUUCUACUAACGCUAAAAAGAUUUUAGAAUUAUUAAAAAACUAA